AGGCCACCCGCCACCCACCCUAUAUAGCCGCGCACAAAGCGCCGAUCCUCCUCACCGGCACACUUCAAUUCCACUCAAAACUUUCUCUCUUCCUCCUCAUAUUCGUCUUCCUCUCUCUAGCUGCUGCGGUCAUACUUUCUCUCCCUCUCUCUCUCUUCCUCUGCCAAGAACACCGGCCGGCUAGCAGCUUGUGUUUGUUGUUCCCAUGGAGAUCGACGGCGACAACCUCAGCGCCACCGAGCUCCGGCUCGGCCUGCCGGGGACCAGCAGCGGCGACGACCGGCCGAGGAGGCCGGCGCCCUCCGUCGGCGCCAAGCGCGCGCUCGAGGACACCAGAAGCGAGGCGUCCGGCACCACGGCCGCCGGCGACGACCACGACGACGCCACGCCUGCUGCCAAAGCGCAAGUGGUGGGGUGGCCGCCGGUGAGGGCGUACAGGAAGAACACCUUCCAGGCGGCGGCGAAGAAGGCCGAGCAGCCGGGAGGGCUGUACGUGAAGGUGAGCAUGGACGGGGCGCCGUACCUCAGGAAGGUGGACCUCCGGAUGUACAAGGGGUACCGGGAGCUCAGGGAGGCGCUGGACGCCCUCUUCACCAAGUCCUUCUCCGCCGCCGCCGCCGCCGCCGCCGCCGGAGCGGAGGGCGGCGACGGCCAGCACGCCCUCGCCUACGAGGACAAGGACGGCGACCUCAUGCUCGUCGGAGACGUGCCCUGGGACAUGUUCAUCUCUUCGUGCAAGAAGCUCAGGAUAAUGAAGGGUUGUGAGGCCAGGUGAUUGCCGAUACACAGGCAGAGGCUGCAGACUCAUGGGGGAUGAAUCGAGGAGCACAGAUCGUGCAAAGCUGUGUGGCUUGGGCUCUCCAGUGCUGUACAAAGAGAUGGUUGUUUCUGAAACCAAGAAGGAGAAGGAUCUAUGAAUUGUGUAUAUAGUCUUAGGCUCUUAGCUAGCCGCCUUGUUUUUUGAGUUGUGUUUUGUAUGAGCGAAGGCUGUAAAAAAAUCAAAAAGAAAAAUGAGAAAUUUGACUUAAGUUUGGUCAUUUUCCUCUCCAAA